GAGGAGCUGGAUGGCCUGGGGCUCGUGAUCGCGUACGAUCUAGGCCAACAUCUGUAUGCACGUGCUACUCGGCAAAUGCGCUUUAGGUGUAAUCGUCGUUACCCGCUAGCGCCGAUGUGCGUAUGAGGAUUGCCUAUUGCGGCAGACGAAAGGACUACGCGCGACUGUCACCAAAAAACGUCACCGACUGUCCGAAUGCCUCUUUGGGCAGCUGCAGCUUGGCUCAAAGGAUGCCGUCCGUCUUUUUGACCUGCAAUUUUCCAAGCCUCUACACUUCCUCCUCCUCUAACCAACUUACCCACAAACCACAACUCUGAACAUUCUCUGAAAAUAUACUCUUUCACCAAAGUCUAUCAUCACUACUACAAACAACUUAUCCUCGAAAACUAUUUCCCAGUCAUGUCUUUCAUUCGUGCUCAAGCCAAAGCUCAGAAGGAGAAGCUUAGGAUGAGUACCUUUGCUGCUCGCGAGCACGCGUUCGAGGAGAUCCAAAAAAGGCAGACGAACGAAAGGUUCAAUGAGAUGAAAUGGUCCCUCGGUAACUUCGCGAAAAUCUAUCAGACCGCCAAAGGCGACCUCGACAACGCCGCUAAGUUCGCCCUGAGUAAACGACGACGCAUGUUCCUCGCCAAGGUUCUCGAGAAGAAGACAAGACUCUGCGGAAUCACAGAGGUCCUUGAUGAGGACAGUGAGCUGGAACUCAGUCGUUCAUCUACGGACUCUGGUAUUUCUUUUUGCUCCCGUCGCAAAUCGAACCUGAGGUCUCCUGUUAAACGCUCCCACGCGUCCUCCGCCGAUCUUCAGCAGGUGUUCUCUACGAAGUACUACCAGCCGUACCAAGGUACCUUUUACAAGAAGGUCGAUCUCGACAGCCUCCCUAGAACUGUCUACGUUCGCGACGAGAUCGAGCUGAACUGUGGUCCUCGCAAGUCCCUUGAAGCCGCCCCCAAAUACAUCCGUCCGGGAAGCAUCGAAAUCUCCGAUUGUCGCCGGAACUCCUGGAUUGCUCCUGCAUCAAGGAAAAUCAAGAAAGAGCGCAAGGCGGAGUUUAAGGCUGCCAAGGAGGCGCGUAUCAAGUACGAGUGGGCGGAGUUUUGGAAGAAGCCGUGUGACAUGACGAAGCUGAAGUUACAAAUGCAGAGGCCCUCAGAGUUUGCUGAGACGAAGUUUCAGCGUGUUUGCCGCAUCUUGAGACGCAAGCCGUCACCUUGGCUCUAAAUUACGAGAUGAGGGGGGGUCUGCGCGGAGGAGGAGAACGGGAGCAGAGAAUCACACGAGGAAGUGAAGCAGGAGCUCAACUGCAACUUGCGUUAUCAGACCUGAAGGAUUACUAUUACUUUUUCAAAUAGGACGUGUUCUCCGCGGUAUACAG